AUGGAGAGUAGGGGAAAAAUCUUGAAGGCAAGUUCCAUGGGGACAAUCACGAUGAAGGAGAAGAGGAGAAGUCAUAUUGCAAGUAUGGAUGUCGGCGCAAAACAAGCCACUGCAGGCGACAAGGAGAAUGAGGGCAGUACCUGUGGCGAUGGCGGCGCUAUGGGAGGAGUCCCAAGCAGCGAGGGUGGCGCCUAUGGUGGGUUUGUGGCGACAAUGCCAGUCGCAGAGGAGGAGGGCAAUGCCUCGGGCUACUUUGGUGGCCCCUUGGAUUACGCGACCUUGGGUCUCACUCCUGGCGAUGAGCUAACGGGCGGCGCCCAUGCUAUGGAUAGGGGUGACGACACUUUCAGAACUUUUAAUGGAGGCGAUGCUUUUCAACGAGGGAAACAGGGCAUUGGAUCGGGCCGAGGCAAUGCCAAUUUUGCUAAAGGCACUGAAGUGGGUUGGAGCAUGGGCGACUCCCAUGGAGUUGGGAUUGAGGGGUGCAAUCCAAGUGUGGCGAGAGACGUUGUUGGUAGCAUGGGCUUCGACAUUUACAGCGUGUGCAAAUAUACAGAGAGGUUGAAGGCUCCAACAGUGGACUGGGCGAUGCUGAUAGAGGCGAGAAAGGCAACACCUUGGGCACAAGCGGAACUAGGCAUGUCAUACAGGUGGGCGGUUCCUUGGGCGCUAGCGUUAGUGUCGUAA